CCUGUGACCUAAUUUGUCCUAAUCCGGUCAAGUCCGAUAUUGAUCACUCUGUAUCCCCCUCUCGAUCCCAGCGAUCAGACCUAAUACUUGGUACAGGAGCCGGCAUCGUUUAAGGACUACCAGUCUGCUUCUUAUUUUGUAUUGUUGCUGAAGCCCCCCUCUUGAGUAGUUGAUCAGAAUAUUAGAGGAGAUCCCCCUCGCUCUCCUCCUCUUUCCCUUCUCUCGCUUUGGCAGCAGUAGUAGCAGCAGCAGCAGCAGCCUCAGGACGUCCGGUGCGGCGGCGGCUCCUCGUGUGGAUCCCUCAAGGUGCAGCAGCAGAUCGCUGGGCUGAGCACUCACCAUGAGCUCAAGGGAAGGAGCCCGCCAGUCCACCUCGGUGGAGCAACCUGCAUCCCCAUCGCAGUCACCGAAGAGGGGACGAGGGAGACCCCGGAAACCGCAGAAAGAGCCAGCAGCUGGGGAACCCUCUCCGAAAAGACCCAGAGGAAGACCUAAGGGAAGCAAAAACAAAAGUCCCUCCAAAUCCGCACAAAAGAAAGAAGAAGCCAGUGGUGAAAAACGUCCAAGAGGUCGUCCCAGAAAAUGGCCACAACAAGAGAAAAAAUCUGGUCAGAAACAAACAGAAGAGACCUCUUCACAAGAAUCUGAAGAAGAUUAGACAAACGCCAAAAUCAAGUUCUACCUCAACUAGCAGUUGGGUUUCUUAGGUUCAUAUUCAGCAUAUUUCAGUGAAUUUGGGCCUUAGAAAGGAAAAGACAACGCUGCCUUGACCACUUAAUUUCUUCUACUACAGUCUUUCCACUUUUGUGUAGGGGAUGGAACAAAAUCUCACAAAUUUUCCAAGAACUUUGUUGAUCACUUUCUUUGUAAUCCCUUCACUAUCCCAGGUUUAAUGAAAACAACUGCUGUAAGACGGGG